ACCCUCGAGCGCCUCUCCAUUUUCGUCACUUCCCAUCUUUUGGCGGGAACGAAAACCCUCACGUCGUCAGCAGUUCAUCACCGGCGAGAUUCCGAUCGGCCAACCCAUGGCGGAGGACGGGGACGCUGCUGAUCUCUCUCAGCUGGAGGAAGAGUUCGCCGUUUGGAAGAAGAACGCCCCGAUACUGUACGAUCUUGUGAUCUCCCACGCCCUGGAGUGGCCGUCCCUUACCGUGCACUGGUCCCCCUCGCCACCUCAGCCUUACGCCGAUGACCCUUCCUUCGCCGUCCAAGGUCUCGUCCUCGGGACGCACACAUCCGACGACGCUCCCAACUUUCUCCUAGUCGCCAACGCUAUUCUUCCCAUCGAAUCGGCCUUAGAGGGCAGUGGCGGCACAAACCUUUCGAUUCCGAAGGUGGAGAUAACCCAGAAGAUACGCAUGGAUGGUGAAGUGAACAGAGCACGCUUUAUGCCUCAGAACUCUGCACUUGUUGCCGUAAAGACAAAUUCUUCGGAGGUCUACAUGGUGGACUGUUCCAAGUUGGCAGAGAAGGAGAAUAAGGAAGCUUUUGAUCCUGAGAUUAGGUUGAGGGGUCAUGAUGAAGAAGGUUAUGGCCUGUCCUGGAGCCCCCUGAAAUCGGGUUAUCUUCUGAGUGCUUCCCAUGACAAGAAGAUAUGUUUAUGGGACAUUUCUGCAGUGGCUGAGGCCAAAGUUCUUGAUGCUAUGCACAUUUAUGAGGGGCAUGAGAAUGCGGUUGGAGAUGCAUCGUGGCAUCUGAAGAAUGAGAAUAUAUUUGGCUCUGUUAGUGAUGAUUGUCAAUUGAUGAUCUGGGACUUGCGCACAAACAAAGCAGAGAAAUGUGUGAAAGCUCAUGAGAAUGAGGUUAACUCUUUAUCCUUCAACUCAUACAAUGAGUGGAUUAUGGCAACAGCCUCUUCAGACAUGACCGUUGCUCUGUUUGACAUGCGGAAGCUAACCCUGCCAUUGCAUGUUUUAAGUGGUCAUGAAGGUGAAGUCUUGCAAGUAGAAUGGGAUCCUAAUCAUGAAGCUGUGUUGGCUUCUUCUUCCGAAGACAGAAGACUAAUGAUUUGGGACCUUUACAGGAUCGGAGAUGAGCAGCAAGAAGGAGAUGCGAGUGAUGGCCCUCCUGAGCUCCUCUUCUCUCAUGGAGGUCAUAAGGCUAAGAUAUCAGACUUUGCAUGGAACAAACACAAUCCUUGGGUCAUCUCCAGUGUGGCAGAAGAUAACGCUGUUCAGAUCUGGCAAAUGGCCGAGAGUAUUUAUCGGGAGGAUGACUUGCUGCCGACUGACGAAUAGCCGCGAAUAUUUCUGUGCAGAGGCAUUGUCUCUUAAUGUUAUUCCUUUUCUAAGUUUAGGGGGGAACAGUCCCCCGUUUGUCUAUUAGGUUAGUCAAACAACUCAAGUGAAAUUAAGAUGCAAUCUUCUGUUCAGAGAGUAAAUUGGAGACAAUCACAGAUGUAGCUUUUUCUAUCGAAACAAUGGAGCUUAAAUAGUAUUUACUUUUGCUCUUUC